AUGUUAAAUGUAAAUGGAGAAAAAAGAAGACCUUUAGGAGAAGUAGAAAAUCUUCCUGUUAAAAUUGGAGAAUACUCUCUAUCAAUUAAUGUAGUAGUUGCUGAUACAGAUAUUUAUUCUGUAAUAGUUGGAAAUGACUGGCUUUCCAAAGCUAAGGCAAAAAUUAAUUGGGAAAAGUCAGUAAUGAAAAUCAAAAAUAAAGACAUAAAAAUCCAAGUUCCUAUUGACUUUAGACAUAUAACUGGUAUUCCAAGAGUAAAACAUAUCCCAAAAGAAAUACAAAAUAAAGAAAGCUCUGAUAAAAGUGAUUAUGAAAGUUCAA